GCUCUGUCUCUCUCUCUCUCUCUCGCUGCUCUUUGCAAGCAACUCUCAUAUUGAUCAAAACAAAAUUUCUAACUAAUGAGUUAACGAAACCUUUAUUUCCUCAAUAUUUUUAUCUGAUGUUCCCAUAUUGUUCACCUUGAUUGGUUUUCCAUGUUAAUAAGUGUUACCUGUUGAUUCUGUUUUAUGUUUAAUUCUAUAAGAAAAAAGGAAAACUUGAAAUUACUUUCAAUAUGUGGAAUCAAUUGGCUCUCAAGUCUCGCCCAAUUUUCACCAAUCAUCGUCUUCUCAUGAAAAGAUAUCUACAUUAUCAAAGUGCAAUUAAAAAGCGUGAUAGUCAACAAUUGAUCAAAAUAUUAACAAAUGAACGUGUAAUCAGUUUAUUACCUAAAAAUUUAUAUUCAUCAACAGCUGAUUCAUCUGUCACUUCAAAGAGUCACCAAGAAAUGACCAAGGAUAACAAAGGAAAAGAUGAUGACGAUAAUAAGGUGACUAUCGAUGAGCAAAUAUUGGAUAAAUUAUACGAGCAAAUGGAUCGACAAAUUGAGCAAAUUGAUCAGUUCAUGGAAUCAAAUGGGAAAAACAGUCAAGUGAAAAUCUAUGGGUUAACUUUAAUCACGGUUGUUGCUGGUGUUUUUGCUGGUGCUUAUGCUGCUCAUUUGGGUGCUUGGUUUCUUGAUAAAAUUGGUCUAUUUAUGUUUCAAGAGGAAGAUGACGAUUGAAAAGAUGAUCCCAAUCAAUUGCAAUUGCUUUUAGUCAGUAAAUUGAUUACAGUUGUAAAUUCUGAAUCAACAAGCCAACAAGUUGUAGACACCAAUUCUUUCAUGGAACAUCUUCCUUUCUCCCUCGAUUAUUUUUUUCUUUCCAUUGAUGUAAUAAUAUUUGGAAUGGAAUCUCAAUUUUCUCUAACAAUUCUACCAAUUGAUUCGUAUUGAUAAUCUUUUCCUAUCAACUGUCAAUUAGUGUCAUAAGAAGGCGAAAUCACUACAAUUUUGGAUCAAAUGGAAAUGGAAAUGGAAAUGAUGUUGAUUGUUAUUUACAAAUUGGAAAAACGUUCAACAAUUUAAUACCAAUUCCAAGUAAAUUGUUGAUCAUUGCGCUUCUCUACCAUACAACAAUUCUAAUCAAAAUUCACCAUAAAGGCCUUUAAACAAAUCAUCUUAAAAUCAAUCAAUUUAAAAUCGACCAAGUUAAAAAAGAGAUUAAUCUCUGUUUACAAUCAGUUAAUCAUCUUUUCGUCCAAAAAAAUCAUGUUACAAGUAAAUGUUAAUUUCUAAAUCAA